ACUUAUUUUUCUCAUGCUUUUCUUUCAUAUCUAUAAAUUAGACCAAAACAUCACCACUCAUUUCCGAAAAAUAUAACCAAACCUCAAACAUAAUACAGAACAAAAAACAGAGAUACUCUGUUUUCAGAUUCUAACUCACACUUCAAUUUUUUUAUAUCAAACAGUUUUACUCAAUUCCAUGCUUCUAAUCCCAAACACCAUUGCAGUUUCUCUAGAAUCUGCUUUCAUAUACAUUGUUUACCAGCACAAAUUCUCAGUUCCUUUUAUCUAAAAAACAGAACAGAGUAACACAAAAAACAGAGCCUGUUCUGUUUUGUUCUGUUCCAUUAAGAAAAAUGGGUUCAGUCGUUUUGCACAAGCACAAAGCAGUGAAAUCCAACAAAGUUCAGAAACAUAGUCAGCUUCGAAAGAUUACGGAUUUGUUGAGGUAUGUUGAGAUGUGUGUUGUGUUGGUUUUGAUUUCAAGGCUUUCGUUUCAACAACUACCAUUGGCUUUGAAGAGUUCAAGCGAGUAUUUUCGAGGGUUCGAGGUUAGUCCUGGACUUGUUUUUCUGAUUGGGAAUGUUAUUAUUAUCACGCUCUUUGCUCAAUCUGGUAUUUUCUCAAAUGAUUCUUCAAAGAGAAAAAGUUCGGAACAUGAUAUGUAUCUCGAGUUUCUCCAGAAUAGCAACAUGUAUCAGAGAAUCCAAGGUUCUGAUCAGAGAAAAUCGAGUGUGAAAGUGGAGAGUAACGUAAAGGGUCGUCGAAUAAUAGACGAAAGCAUGGUGAAAAUCUCUGAGAAAGAUGUUAAGAAAAGUGAUGAACAGGGGAUGAAAACAGAGAUGGAUUUGGAAGUGAAGGAAUAUAGGAGGUGUCAAUCGGAAAUUGAGUUGGUGAGGGGUGUGGAUAGUGAUAAUGAGAAGGAUCAGAAAGUGCUGCAAAGGUGUGAGAGUGAGAAUGAAAAAAGAAAGAUGAGAAGCAUUGAAGUUGAUAAAGAGAAGAAAAAGAUGGUGAAGAAAUCGAGUUUAUAUCCUGAAGAUGGAAUGAGCAAUGAUGAAUUUCGUCGCACUGUGGAAGAAUUCAUUGCAAGACAACAGAAGCUUCGAUAAAUGGAGUUCAAAGCUUUUAUUUUUCCUAGCUAAUUUCUAUGGAAUUAGUAUCAAGAAUUGGAUUGGAUUGUAAUUUGUAGACUAAGAAGAUAAACCCUUUUCUGUUUUUUUUUUGUUCUUUUUAAUGAACAAACAAAUAUGUGAUGUAUUUUGUAUCAUCAUGUAAAUUAAGAUCAAAGGAAGUGUGUAAAUAACUUCUUGGAUAAUAAAAACUUGUGCUCAUUUAUUUAA